AUGGCCAUACACGCCCACUUCAAUGAGCACUUCACCGCGCGGCUGCUUGAGAGCUACAAGAACAUCGUCCUCCUGACCGAGGCCUCCCGCCAAGUGCCGCAAAGGCCACCGAGCCAAAUCUACCAAGACUUCACCAAAGAACUCCAGGAACUUCAGAGAUAUGAGGAUGGGUUCAUACAAAUCUAUGGUGAAAGCCCACCACCGAGACUGUGCGGAAUUCAUGUAUCUUGCCUUCUGGUUUGCCGGGCGAUAAUCUUCAACCACCUCAACAAUCACGGCGCGGUCGAGCAGCACCUGCGAGCAUUUUUCCCGCAUCGACGCGGCGUCCGUGGCCAUCGUCAUCACAGAGUUUGGGUCCCGCGGCAUGUUCUGGCGAGAGGUUGUGAGCGUCAUGCUUCAGCACCAGCUCUACGAUCAGCUUGGCCAGCUCACCCAGCUCGUGCACCCACUCCGGCAACACUUCUACUGGAUCGACGCAGAGAUGAGGUACGGUGA